GUUAUUUUCUCUGCAAACCUGGGAUAAAUUUCUCUUUCAAAUGCAAGGACUAAUCCAGAAACUUGAAAAUAACUGAUAAGUCCAUCAUAAUCGAUCCAUAGAAACAACGUCCCUAAAAGAAAAAUCUCUAGAAGUUGAUGUUUUAUUUUGAAAUGAGGAGCAUUGAAUAGAAUUUAGAGUCGCCAUGUAUGACCACAGAUGUAGACUCUCUCUCACACACAGCUGGAGGCUGUCCUAACAAAUUAAAUUUAAAAUAUAAUCGACUUUUUCAAAUCUCUGUUUCAUGCUGUUGCGCUAAAUCUCUCUCUGAACUCUGAACUCUGAACUGCACAAAGCCGUAACUAAUUUCUCAGUUCAGAAAGAUCUGCUACUCUCUCUCUCUCUCUCUCUCUCUCUCUCUCUCUACUUUUAGAGCGUUAUAAUAAAUAUAAGCUGCAUAAGUUGAAGACUCAGCACCGAUUCUUCUUCGUCUGCUGCAAAUUCAGAAGUAGAGAUGGCAAGUCGAGUGAAGGAAGAUGAGAAAAAUGAACGAAUAAUUCGAGGUCUUCUCAAACUCGCACCAAAUCGAAGAUGCAUUAACUGUAACAGCUUGGGACCACAAUAUGUGUGCACAAAUUUCUGGACGUUUGUUUGCACUAACUGUAGCGGAAUACACCGAGAGUUUACACAUCGGGUAAAAUCAGUUUCAAUGGCUAAAUUUAGUGCACAGGAAGUUAGUGCACUUCAAGAAGGAGGAAAUCAGCGUGCAAAGGAAAUCUAUUUUAAAGAAUGGGAUCCACAACGUCAUUCUUUGCCUGAUAGCAGCAAUAUUGACAGGCUCCGGGACUUUAUUAAGCAUGUUUAUGUGGAUAGAAGAUUCAGCGGUGAGAGGACUUAUGACAAACCUCCAAGAGUAAAGGGUGACAAGGAUGAUUUCCAUGAAAACAAGAGGACAGAGACUUAUCACAGAAGCCCUUCAUAUGAGGACACACAUGAACGUCGUUACAGUGACAGGUCUAGUCCUGGUGGAAGAAGUCCUGUAUAUGAUCAAGAAAAUAGGCAAUAUGGUGAUUACAAGAAAAGCCCUGGUCGUCCUCCAAUAAUCAAUGAUUGGCGUCGAGAAGAUAGAUUUGGGGAUGGAUGGAAAUUUGAAGAUCAUAGAAUAUCUGAUGGAAAUCAUAAUGUGGAAAGUACUUCUCCUGAGCAAACCAAGGAUCUGGAUUCUUCCAGCCCACCUGCAGUCCGACCUGUUAGAGAGAUCUUGGGAGAAAAUGUAGUACCUCUUCGAAUAAGUGAACCACCCAAAACAAACAGUGGACAGGCUACUAAUGGCUCAGCACUCACACAGAGAACUUCAUCUUCCAGUAGCUUAGCAUCCAGCAAUGGAACCCCUGCAGAAGUUAAGCUUGAGACUAUUAAGAGCCUUAUUGAUUUUGAUGAUGAUCCUGAACCACCUGUUGCUUCAGCAAUUCCUCAAGCCCCGCAAACUACUGUGGCUAAACAUGGGAUGCCUGCAAAUUCCAAUGAUAAUAAUUGGGCCUCUUUUGAUGUUGCUCCUGAGGCAAAAGCACCUCAGGGUCCUUCGAAUAUAAAUCCACUUGAAUCCAUGCUGACACAAUUGUCAGUACCAGUAUCUUUACCUUCUCAUGUUUCAAGAGCCCAAGGACCUUUGACGGGGUCAGCUCUUACCACUACUGCUGCAGGAGCUCCAAUUGUUAGCAGCUUCUCAACAUUCCCAGCCAGUGGUGCUUCAGUAACAUCUUUUGGAUUAACAACAGCAUCAACUCUCAAUAAUGCAGGACAGUGGGCUACUUUGCAGUAUCAGCAACAGCAACCUUUGCUCACUGCUGCUGCUAGUCAGCCUACUAUUCAACAAUCCACUCCACCAGUUGGUGGAGCUUUGAAUAAUCAGCCCUGGACUGUACCUUCUGUACAAGGGCACGCAAACACACCAAUGCCUCAUGCAUCGCACCUUGUCCCAAAGCCUGCCAAUGAGGCUAAAUCCAGUGUUGUUUUACAUCCUUCUACAGUAGACAUAAAACCAAGUGGAAGAAGUGAGCUUCCUGAGGAUCUAUUCACUGUAAAAUAUUCACCGUUCCCUGCUCCAGUCCCAGGUUGGCAAAUGGGUCCACCACCUAGCAUGGGUAUCUCAAUUCAAUACAAUAAUGCAGUGCCCAUGCCAAGUUAUGCACAACCAUCAAAAUCAACAAAUCCAUUUGAUGUCAGUAGCGAACCAACUCCAGUUCAAGCCCCAAUGUUUCCUUCCAUGUCAUCUUUGCAAGGUGCUCUGCCUAGUGUAACGCCUUCAGCUACAAUGCACCCAUCAAACAUGGGUAAUAUAUCUCAUGCCUGGAAUCCACACUCAUCAUCACCAUCUUAUGUAUUGCCUCCUCAAGCACAAACUCUUGCACCAGCAAUGGGACUGGGGGCAUACAUGGGACAACAAAUGGCAACUAACAUGCCAAUGCCAAGGCAUCAAGGAAUUGGGAGUUUUGCCACCGAGGCAACUGCUUUUGGAUUCUCAAAUCCAGAUCAACAGCUGACUGGUAGGUUGUCAACUGCUGCUACCCCAAACACCUACCAUGCAGGAGGGAACCCUUUCGGAUGACCUAAAGUUUUUGUCUGCUUGGACUCUUUUUAAGUCAUGCAUCGAUUUGUUGCACCCUGUACAAACAUGGUUGAACUUUCUGGCGUUUUUCAGUCAAAACGAAACACUCAUCAAGCAUAUUGAGAGAUUUAUGUUCAGUUACCACACGCCUGUGGGUUCAAAUUCAAAUAUUUGCACCUGGCUUUGUAAAUUGUUUAUUGUUAUAGGAAAGAUGAAAGACAAAAUCUGCUUAAGGGAAAAAGGGGAAAAGAGGAAAUUACGGAGACACUAAUAUUGUGGAGAUAAAGGUGUCCCUAGUAUCAUUUUUUCAGAUUUUUCUGUAUUGUAUUAUUUUGUAAUCUCAUAAUUAUUGUAAGGUCUUUCUAUUCGUUGAGGUAUUGUUAAAUAAUUGUCAGUUUGAGUUCUA